AUGACGGGAAAGGAGGAGGAAGCAUUUGUCCCCGCGCGGCAACAAGAGCGGCAGAGUAAAGCUUUCGAUCCGUUUUUGACGACGACGGCGGCGAGAAUGGAAACAUCAACGACAUCAACGACGCGCUUAGGAGUCUUCGCGGGAACGACUUUGAGAGAUGAUGAAAAGAAGAACGAUUCAGACGAGGAGAUGCGACGGCAACGAGAGAGGCGUUCCUCGGGGUCCGACAACAACCACCUCGUCAUCAGCUUGGAACGGAUCGAAAAUUUGGAUUGCGCGCAUAACGAGAAAGUACUCGUCACGGCGAGAGUGUCCGACAGGUUCGGGAAUUUGAAAGGGAAACGGUGCAUGUUUAGCUCCAGGAAGCGAGCGGAAAACAGCAACACGAACAUCGAGAGUAGUAGUAGUAGUAAUAGAAAGAAAGAUGCGACGACGGUGAAUAACAACACCAACAACGCGAUCGAGUGGGGAGGCGAAACGAGGGAUUUGCUCUGUCGCGUAGGAUUGCGGAGGGACGACCGGUUGGUCGUCGAGGCGAGCGUGAGCAACGAGGGAACGUUUUCGGGAGGGUUGUCGAAGAUGAUGGGUGGUGGUGCGAGUGGGAAGGAGAAGGAUAAAUCGUGCACGCAGAGAGUUAUCGGGUACGGGACGUGCGGUUUGUGCUGCGAUCGUUUAGAAGAAGAAGAAGGAAAUGGUGGUGGUUUUGGUGACGGUGGAUUUGACGACGACGACGACAACUUUCCUAGCGGUAGUAAAACAAGCGUGACUUUGAUCGUACCGCUUCGAAUAGGAUUGUCGAAUACGAAGAACGCGAGCAGAAAGUGUCAAGCGGUCGUGCGAGUGUUGUUUGAUGUAGUGCCAGCGAUGAAAAAACGCAUUUAUUUAUUCAGGCACGGAGAGAGCGCGUGGAAUGAAGCCCAACGAAACGUGAACGUUCGAAACAUGAUGGCGUACGACCAUCCGUUGACGGAAGCCGGCGUCGCCCAGUGCGUGAGAACGGCUGUUCUCGCAAAAAAACCACCAACUCCGACGAUUUCGACGAUUUCGUCGUCGUCGGGCAAUGACGAUUGGGAAGAGGUCUAUGCGAACACCUAUCACGUAAUCGUGUCGCCUUUGACCAGAGCGGUACAAACGGCGAUGAUUUUAUUAGCCAAACAUCCCGCGACGAUCAAACGGAACGCGGACGUGCAAAAAAGAAACGCGGCGGUAAAGAUGGCGUCGUCGUCGUCAUCAUUUGCAACAGCGACGACACAUUCCGAUUUACCGCCGCUGAUUGAUAUCGAAGGCAUGAAUAUUAGUGGAAGUCCAAGCGUAAAAACUCAAACGAGGCGAGAAAGAGAAGAAGAAGACGCCCAAAUGUGGCCGAGAGUUAAUUUUCGAUUCUCGAGAGCGUGUCGAGAAAUUAAAUCAGUCGGCGGCCUCGAUUCCGUCGGCAUCGAAUGCGGAGGAACGAGAAUAUUCAAAAGAGCGUCCGAGAAACUGAACUUGCUCAACCUAGCCGAAACGCAAACGAUCGUAGACAUCUUUAGCGAACGCAAGUGCGCGGAGUACUUUGACGUGGAUUCGCGCGACGUGAGAGAUAAAUGGUGGACCGCUGGGGACGAGAGCGACACGUCUUCUUCUUUAGUCAACGAACGCACGAAGGAGUUCUGGGAAGAGUUGAAGAAUUCGUCGCAUAGCUCCGUCUCAGUCGUCUCGCACUCCGAUUUCAUUCGCAAGCUGUUGAGACAGACGACGGAUGACGCGUGCAACACGCGCUCGGCGAAAGAAACUUUGAAAAAAACGUGA